GAAUCUCUUUGCCGCAUCGCGAGAGCGCGUUCGAGGAGCGUGCGGCGCGAAUUUGCUCAACUCAACUCGAUCCGAUCCCAUCCCAUCCCAUCCCAUCCAUGCCUUUUUAUCCACUGAUCCUCUCCAAACCCUCUGCAAGCCACCUCUCAUAUUCCUCACAAGUAUCGCAGGAGACGUAUCCAGAAAGAAAGAGAGGAUCGAAUCAACAUACUGCGCGCACAUAUGACGGACUACAAAGCUGAGGAUCAAGGUCUGCUGCUCGUCUUUUCCGAUCCAGGCAAGCAUGUCUCCUUGGAAGAAUUCCAUGAUUGGUACGACAACGAGCACGUGCCACUUCGCACGAGUCGAUUUGCGGAGUUCCUGAGCGCCGCGAGGUACAGCGUCUCCUCCUCCGUGUACAGCAAUGGCACGUCCCACUCCGCUGCGGAUGCGAAUGCGAACGCGAAUGCGAGCAAGACGUUCGAUUCUCGCUGGGCAGCAAUCUAUUCCAUCAGCUCCAACGACAUUUUCAAUCAGCAGAGGUACACCUCAUUGAGAGCUAAUCGGAGCGAGAGAGAGGCAAAGUUGAUAGGAAGGAUCGGAGUGCUGGAUCGAAGGAUUUACAGAUUGGUUUGGGAUAGCGCUCAGGGUGCAAGCGCCUCUUCCGCGGCUCGACCUGCUGCGCCAGAAAGCUCGUCGGACGCUGCACCCAUCGUCGUGCUCACUUCGGUACAUUUGGCCUCAUCGGAGAAAGCUAAAGAGUACGAACAGUGGUACGACGAGGAACACUCUGCUUUGCUGGCUGAAGUGCCGGGCUGGAAAAGAACCCGUAGGUUCGAGCUGGUCGAUGCGGUAAUCAAUGGCAAAGAUACGGUUCAGGGAGACGCGGACAGAGUACCGAGAGUACUCGCAAUGAGCGAAUAUAUCAAUCCUGCCUUUGCUUCGUCUGCCGAAUUCCAACACGCAACGUCCACACCCUGGCGAAACAAGGUGAACUCGUCGGAGUACAUCGUAACCAGAGAAAGGAGGGUCUGCGAGAUUUACAAAGCUUGGGAACCCGAGGCUGCGCUCAAGGCUGCGGAUCAGCUUUAGCUUGCCUUGCCACGUACGCGCUGCACUUGACGCAGUGCGGUCGACUGUAGCGGAGAGCUGCUCGAAAUGACCAAAUGCUCAACAGCCUUACUCGUCGUCAAAACCUCGAAAGCAAGACGGGAAUGCGCUCGCGCAUGCUCCGUGAUCAGCCUGGCAGGCUUGAGAUGUACGCACACAUAUCAGCGCUCAUUUCUCGACCAGCACGUCUUGGUGUGCGGAUUGAUCGUGUGCUCCAUCUUUGCCACUUCAAUAGAACGUCCUCGGCCGGGAAGCGCUCUCCGCCUCCAAUUCCGCCUCCCCCGAUAGAGAUUCCGCUUCUCUCCCAUCCCUGCUCGGCGACUUGUUCGCUGCUUGGCCC